CUGACGUGGACGGCUGCGGUUCGUUAUCCAUUUCCUUUUUAAUUUUCCCUAACAUUACACUCACGAACACUAAGGCUCUUGUACUUAAUUUAAUACAAGUAAAAAAUUACAAUUAAAUUACAAAUAAAAAACGCGGGGAAAAUUGCACGAGCCCCUUAAAUGCGCCUCCUCUAGCGGUUCGGAUACAUGUAUGGUAGCAGACGACAUGUAGCCGUGACGUCAGCUUACGCAUGCGCAGAAAAGAAUUCCUCGAAGGAAAAAUCCCACGAAUGUCCGUCACUGCCGCGACAUCUGACUACGGGCGACCGGAACAACAGUUCGCGACUGGCGACGCAUCGGUGAAUGUUUCGGCGAUAUGUCGUUUGAGGCCAGUCGUGGUUCCGCGACACGUUUGAUCGCCGCGAGGACGAAAAUGGUAACGUGCACGCCGCGGUAUCAUCGCCAGGUGAGGUACCGGGGCUGCCUUUGACGCUGUUCGCGUUCGUUUCGUGCUCGUUCCAGGCGAACGUAACGGCGGUGUGCGUGCGAGUAUCGCGCGUAUAUAUAUAUACAUAUAUAUAUAUAUAUAUAUAUAUAUAUGGUGUCUGAAAAGAGGUAAUCGGUGCGACGAGGAGAGGAACUGGACGUGGAGAAAGAAAGAAAAGAAAAGGAAAAAUAAAGAAGGCAAGCACGCGCUGUGGAUGAAUGCACGCACGGACGUAUAUAUACGCAGCCGGGAGGAAACGAGAGGGCCGCGGGGGGAGGUUGAAUGAGAGCUGGCGGGAAGUGAGCGAGAGAGUGCGCGAGUGAGUGAGUGAGAGGGACGGACGAUAUAAGACAAAGACGUACUGGCGAGCGAAGCGUGGAGCGAGGCGAGGGCGAGUUAAAAAAUACGGUUCCAUGCGCGUGGCGUGCUCGGGAACGAUUGCUGGUACGUCUCGAAGUCCACUCUUCGCCAUCGAUGCAUCGAAGACAGGACACGGUCACCCAGGCGUACGUUUUCAAAACAAACGGAAGGCUCCUAUCGUCAAAAAAUCUCCAGAGGAGAGGGAGGGACUCGAAGAGGUUAAAGGGAAGAUACCAUAGAAAACUAACCCUAUAUAUGUACGUAUGUACGUAUAUAUGUGUACAUAUAUAUUUAUACAUAGAUAGAUAGAGUGAUAACGAAUAAAAGAUAGAAACCAAUACAUAUAUGUCUGCAUGUACGUAUAUAUGGAGGAAACUGUCCCUACACCAUGGAGGAAAGUCAUCUGUUGAUGACAGAGCUCCCAGCGUUGCCCACCAACCGUGGCACGACGCUCCUCCACCGUUCAGGACACUACUACCAGCUGCACCAGCCGCACCUGGCCAUACCGAGCUCUCAGAGCCAAGGUAUCCUCUACAACCCCGCCACUACGCCGCAUUACACCAGCGGCGUCAGCCUGCCAGGGUACACGCAGAGCAUCCUGUCCAGACAGCAGCCCCAAGUCGCCAGAGACAGCGUCCCGACAAGCACGCACAUCUCUUGCCUUUAUCCAGAGAUACUGGCGUUGAUCUUUAGCUACCUGGAAGUCAGGGACAAGGGAUGCGCUGCUCAAGUGUGCAUAGCGUGGAGAGACGCAGCGUACCAUCGGUCCGUUUGGAGGGGAGUCGAGGCAAAGUUGCACCUGAGGAAGCAGGCACCUGCGUUGUUCGCUAGCCUAGUAAAGAGGGGAGUGAAGAGGGUGCAGGUGCUGUCGCUGAGGAGAGGCCUCGGGGACGUUCUUAAGGGCAUACCGAACUUGGAGUCGCUGAACCUCUCAGGCUGCUACAACAUCAACGACCUAGCCUUGAUGAAAGCGUUCUCCCAGGAAUACCCCAUGCUCACCGAGCUGAACCUUUCGUUGUGCAAACAAGUGUCGGACAUUACUCUUAGUUGUAUAGCGAAGUAUCUGCAGAAUCUGGAGCACCUGGAGCUCGGUGGCUGCAGGAACAUCACCAACGACGGGCUGCUGUGCAUAGCUUGGUACUUGAAGAAGCUGAAGAGGCUGGAUCUGAGAAGCUGCUGGCAGGUGUGCAACGAUGGCAUCGCUUAUCUAGCAGGUAUACAUCCGCAGACACAUAGCGCGAGCUUCCUGAUGGAGCAGUUCGCUGGUAUAGUUAACUUCGACGCAGCUGGUGGGAACUUUGCCCUGGAACAUUUGAGUCUUCAAGAUUGCCAGAGGGUGACCGAUGAGGCCCUGCGGCACAUAUCCACAGGAUUGACCACCUUGAAGUCCAUCAACCUCUCCUUCUGCGUCUGCAUCGGCGACACGGGCGUGAAACAUCUGGCCAAGAUGUCCAGCUUGAGGGAGCUGAACCUCAGGUCCUGCGACAACAUCUCCGACGUCGGCAUGGCUUACUUGGCCGAAGGUGGGAGCAGAAUCUCCUCGCUGGACGUGUCGUUCUGCGACAAGAUCAGCGACCAAGCUCUGGUUCACAUUUCUCAGGGGCUGUUCAACCUGAAGUCUCUGUCGCUGUCCGCCUGCCAGAUCAGCGACGAGGGCAUCUGCAAGAUCGCCCAGACCCUCCACGACCUGGAGACGUUGAACAUCGGCCAGUGCAGCAGGUUGACGGACAAGGGCCUCUACACGAUCGCGGAGAGCAUGAAGCACUUGAAGUGCAUCGACCUCUACGGAUGCACCAGGAUAAGCACCAGCGGGCUCGAGAGGAUCAUGAAGCUGCCACAGCUGAGCACGUUGAAUCUUGGUCUAUGGCACGUGCGGUGAUGGCUUUUUCUAAACAGUAUUCAGGAUUUGCGUCCCAUCCGCGGAACGACCGAGGCGUCUCGUCCGAUUGCUCGAUGAACGAUUAUCAAUUUUCACCUUUUUACCAAAUUACACGCGGAUACGAUACGCCUUCUUCGUUCACGUUCUCGUUGUAAUGCGGUUGCUAGACUGGGGAUGUUUCUGUAUUUAUGAAAGGAGGAAGGAUUGGGAUGUGGAAGGGCUACGGAGAACAUCAAUGGUGGUAUUCGUGGUACAUUGUUCAUAGGACAGACUUUUAUAUGAGCUUAAAUUCUUGUUACGUAUGAAAAUAGGAAUUUGUAGAAUGGAAAUACGAAUGGGAAAAGGAAAUAUCGAUCAAUCUAUGAAAAUAAAUGCAAAAGUGUAGAGAAUAUCAAGGGUAAUUCAUGUUACGUUACUUAAAAAAUAGGAUAAACUUUUGUACGAGCUUAAAUUCUUGUUCCAUAUGAAAAUAGGAAUUUGUAGAAUGGAAAUACGAAUGGGAAAAGGAAAUAUUGAUCUAUCUAUGAAAUAAAUGCAAAAGUGUAGAGAAUAUCAAGGGUAAUUCAUGUUACGUUACUUAAAAAAUAGGAUAAACUUUUGUACGAGCUUAAAUUCUUGUUCCAUAUGAAAAUAGGAAUUUGUAGAAUGAAAAUACGAAUGGCAAAAGGAAAUAUUGAUCAAUCUGUGAAAUCAAAUGCAAAAGUAUAGAGAAUAUCAAGGGUAAUAUUCAUGUUACGUUGCUUAGAAAAUAGGAUAAACUUUUGUACAAGCUUAAAUUCAUUUCUGUAUGAAAAUACUAGUGAAACUAUAGAGAAAUUUAGGAAAUUGUCAUGCUACAGAAAUAAUGUACGUGUUACACUGUUUAAAAAAUACUACAAAAUUUUGUAUGAACUUACAUUUAUUUCUGUAUGAAGAUAUGAAUUGAAAUGAAAAUGCAAUUUGGAAGUGUAGAGAAAUGAAUGAAAAUAUGUCUAAACGAAGGUACAUAUAAACAAGGAAAUUAAACAAUAAUGUACACGUUAGACUGUUUAUAAAAUAGGACAAACUUUUGCCUAAGAUCAAUUUGCAUAAACAUCCGCAGUCUAGCAAUAAUCUACUGCUCCCGUUUCGCCUACGAUAUACCCUGAAUAGAAGCGUUACCAUCAGAGGGUAAAACGCAUAUACGUGUCUAUGGCAUUCUUUGAAUGAAUAUACAUUUACCCUUUGAGUAAAGAUGUUACCGUCAGAGAGUAAAACGUAUAUAUGCGUCUACAGCGUUCUUCAAAUCGAAAUAUAGGUAUUCACCUGAGUAGAGAUGUUAACGUCACAGGGUAAAACGCAUAUACGAAUCACUGGCAUUCUUCAAACGCAUAUAUGCGUUUACCCUCAAGGUACAGAUCGUACCAUCACAGGGUGUCCGAAAAAUGUUGGAGUUACUUGAACAAGGAGGUCCGGGAGGUGAUUUGAAACAACUUUUUCCUUAGCGAAAAUGUUGUCCAAGGCUUCGUUAAGGAGAUAUUAAGAGAAAACCUCGACCAAUCAGAGCGCGAGUAUGCCGGUGGAGCGCCCGCGGUAGCGUACGAGAGUGGCCGCCUAGCGCGUAGCCUACGCUACCGCGGCCGCUCCAACGAUAUACUCGCGCUCUGAUUGGUCGGGGAGCGCGGCCGCCUCGCGCUCUGAUUGGUCGACGUUUUCCCUUAAUAUCUCCUCAACGAAGCCUCGUACAACAUUUUCGCCAAAGAAAAAGUUGUUUCAAAUCACCCCCCGGACCCUUUCCAAUAAACUCCAAAAUUUUUAGAGCGCCCCGUAUACGCGUGCACGGUGUUCAGAGGGUAAAGAUCACGUAUAUACGCAUGUACGCGACCAUAAUCCAGGUCUACAGCGUUCUCCGGACGUAUACGCGCGUUCAGGGGGCAAAUUGCCAUCGUUGCGCGUCAAGGACGAAUCCUAGAAACAUAAUCCCAACUACUCGUCGCCGGACGCUUUCCUUCGAUUCGCGACUUCUUAGAAAAAUUAUCACUCUUCGUGAAUCUCUCUUUUUGAAAAAGAAAAAAGAACUGUUCAUCUCGCCUCGGGGGCCCCCCCCCCCCUGCUCAUCGUAUACACUUGUUAGAGAGUAAUCUAGAGCAAUAACGAAUGGGAUAAAUGGUACGCGUUUACUGUGCCAUUACUCGAGAACGUCUCUUUUUUUUUUCUUUUUUUUUUAUAGAAUGUAAUUUUUAGGAUUUCAUUCGCGGACUGACAGAGACUCGGUGUUCAGUUUUUAUGCUUUCCGUGGGCCGAACGAUGGAAACUGUGCAACGAGCUGUUCCUUUAAACGCUAGAAGAAUCGUGAUGCGUGUGUACGUGUACAGGGUGUUCCAGUUGGCGCUUGAAUAUUAACGUUUUGUUAUGAGACGAAUCCGAAUCCUUUGUUGUAAGAGAAAAUGGCGGAGAAUAGCAUUAGUUGGUUCGCGGGACUUUUUGGACCUCGAGAUUUAGUCUGUCUAUACAGGGUGUCCCAAAAAUGUUGGAGGUCCUUGAAAGAGGUGGUUCGGGAGGUGAUUUGAAACAUCUUUUUCCUUUGCAAAAAUGUCGGAUGGAGCUUCGUUGAGGAGAUAUUAAUAAAAAACGUCGACCAAUCAGAGCGCGAGGAGGCCGCGCUCCCCGACCAAUCAGAGCGCGAGUAUACCAUUGGAGCGGCCGCAGUAGCUUAGGCUACGCGCUAGGCGGCCGCUCUCGUACGCUACCGCGGGCGCUCCACCGGCAUACUCGCGCUCUGAUUGGUCCGGGAGCGCGGCCGCCUCGCACUCUGAUUGGUCGGGGUUUUCCGUUAAUAUCUCAUCAACGAAGCCUCGGACAACAUUUUCGCUAAGGAAAAAGUUGUUUCAAAUCACCUCCUGAACCACCUGUUUCAAGAUGUUACAACAUUUUUGGGACACCCUGUAUAGUGUGGUCCCUGAGAGUCGAUUGGGACACCCUGUAUGCGAUCCUGUUGUAAAUUUUUGUCUUUGACGAAAUCAAGUAUCGCGACAAUUUAGCCAAAGCAUUGUUUCAUCGUUUCCCGAUCGCAUAUGCGCACAAGUUUCUCGGCAAAUAGUGUGCGUGCCAGCGCGCGUGUGACUGUGUUUCAUUUUCUGUACAUAUACGUAUGUAAGAGUGUAUGCUGAUUACUGUACUGUGCGCCCGCGCCCCCACACACACACACAAACAGUCAUAAAGGAAACGGAUACGGAAUUUCCACGCUUCAGUUUCCUGAGUCGUGCGUUAAUUCACGGGGAAAUUCACUGUUAAGUUUCAAUCUGUAAGGGCAUAUCUUCUCUUUGGAUUAACGCCAGUUUCGAUCGAAACUUCCUGCUAUCCUCGGCUUUGUUACUCGACGAAAAGUUGUAAUUGUAUUUGGACGUAUGAGAGAAUUGGGAACGAUGCGAUUCGUCUGUUUUGUCGACGUUGUUUUGUUAGGUUAACUGUUUACCGACCGGUGGUACACGAAUGUUCUAUACCUUACCGACUGGUGGUACUCGAAUGUUCUACAUUUCGUAUUAGCACUUCAUUUAGCGGUCUGUUUGGAGACAGUCUACAGUUUUUAUACGAUAGUAUACGUUAACCUAGGCUUGCGUUAAUUUCUAUGUAUCACAAACAUUGUAAAUGGACGACCGAGAGCGCAGUUAGAUGAUAACGCUGGAAUUUAAAACUAAAAUGCCUGCAUAUGAAGUGUUAAGACUGCCAUAACUCGAAUAUUUAUAUUUAUAAUUAAAUCUAGUACCAUUUUAACAAAGUAUUUGCUAUCGUAAAAAUAGAUUCAUUAGUGUUCGAGCCAAAAAAAACUACCAAGACUCUCGGUCGGUAAGUGUAGACUUCGAGUCUGUUAAUAAGCUCCCAGUCGGUAAAGUGUACCACCACGAUUAUCCUUAAUUCGAUAACGCUGUUGCAACUGGAAAAAUAUUUGUUCUGGGUGGUUAACUGUGUCAUCCAAGCCUGUACAAUUUUUCUUUUCUUUAAUCUUAGAACAAAUAACUCGAAAACGUAACGAUUAACGAGAAAAGUGAGAACAGCGAACGAGGAGAGGGCAGAGACUAAUUAAAAUACGGACGCGGUGAAACGGUGAAUUAAACCAGAAUUGCGUACGCGAUGAUAAAGAAACCAAGAUAGGAUAUGUAGUAUACAGGUAUAAAAUAGUACACGAUAGGUCUAAAACGAAAUCAAAUCCCAUGACAAUUUGUUUCGAUCGGUUCGAAUUGUUGCGUCGAGGUGCGAAACAGGGUAAAGUGGAAUUAAUAGUUUCCGUUGCGCGACCGUGUAAAGAUUCGUUUGAUUUUUCGCUGGUGAGUCGAACGUUUCCGAACUUUAAAUGCGACGAGUGAAUUUUUAUCGAACUGUAGAUUAAUUAUUUCCUUUCUCGCGAUGCGAAAAAAGAAAAAAACACCGGGAAUAUGCGUCGAAUGUAUUCGAUUAUGUUUGCAGCUGGAUGAAAUUAUUUGUUAAUCGAGGAAGGGUCGUAACCGUCGUUUCUUAAUGUGUACUUUUAUUACGUUCGUAAACAUUUUUCUGCAUGGAAUAGUGAUCUAUGUACAGAAGUCUAGCUAGCGUAUUAUCCACGGUCGGUACAGAAGGAAAACAGUACUGUACAUUCAUUCAGGAUAGAUCACGGACUCUGUUUUAUCGACGUGAUUCGCGACUUUGUUAAUUUUUAAUCGUGGAUGCCGUUUACUUUGGAAACAUCCGUUUUUAAUUUCGUGUUAAUACUUGAUCCACUAUUGUUUCAUUGUUCUUUGGUUUGAGUAUCUUCGAAUUUUCUUCCUGUUUCGUUGCAUUUGGUUAAUAUUUACAAUUCUUUUAAGCGCGAAGAAAUUCUCGAUCUAUGACUUGGAAAUUUUUGUGUAGGAUAGGAAUUUUUAUAUCCAGGAUUUUAUUUGUUUAACCCUUUGACUGCGAAGGACGUAUAUAUACGUUGCAAAAAUAUUGGAGUUUCUUUGUAUGGGGUGAUUCGGGGGGUGAUUUGGAACAACUUUUUCCUUAGCGAAAAUGUUGUCCGAGAUUUCGUUGAGGAGAUAUUAACGGAAAACGUCGACCAAUCAGAGCGCGAGGCGGCCGCGCUCUCCGACCAAUCAGAGCGUGAGGAUGCCGUUGGGGCGGCCGCAGUAGCGUACGAGCCGCCUAGCGCGAAAUCAACGCUACC